AUGCCCAGACCUCAAUUUCACGUGGCCAUCGUCGGAGCCGGUCUUGGUGGCCUGGCCGCCGCCAUUGGGAUUGCCAGAGCCGGCCACAGGGUCUCUCUUCUCGAGCAGGCCCCCGAGCUGGGAGAGAUAGGCGCCGGCAUCCAAAUUCCUCCCAACGCCUCCCUGAUCCUCAAGCGAUGGGAUCUUCUCGAUGAAAUAGAGACCGUCUCCGUUCGCCCCAAGGAUUUCAUCCUCCGCUCCUAUCGCGAUGGGCGCGUACUCUCGGUGCAGAACGUCCUGCCCUACACCGAAAAUCAAUAUGGCACUCCGUACCUGCACAUCCACCGAGCCGACUACCAUCGGAUCCUCUUGAAGGCGGCAAUACGGCAGGGCGUCCAGAUCUUACUUGAUUCGACCGUCGUCGGCAUCGAUUUUCAGACCCCGGCCGUGCAGCUGAAAGGAAAGCCUGACUUCUAUGCCGACAUUGUGCUUGGCGCCGAUGGCCUCAAGUCGGUAUGUCGGGAAGCGCUCCUUGGCCAUGCCGACCCUCCUCGUCUGACGGGAGACUUGGCUUAUCGCAUUAUUGUGAAGGCCGAGGAUAUGAGAACGCAUCCCGAGCUGUCAGAAUUCCUGGAGCAGCCUUGCAUUAACUACUGGAUGGGGCCAGACGCGCACGCCGUGUGCUAUUUCCUCCAGGGCGGCGGUCUUUAUAAUAUUGUGUUGAUCUGCCCGGACAAUCUACCCGAGCUUGUGAAUAUUGCACAGGCGGACCUGGAAGAAAUGCAUACUCUCUUUGAGAAUUGGGAUCCACGGCUGAAAGUUAUCCUCAACUUGGUCCAGGAAACGAAGAAAUGGAGACUGCAAAACAGUGAGGAAAUGAAAACAUGGUCACAUCCUAGCGGGAAGUUUGCCCUACUAGGCGAUGCCUGCCAUGCAACCCUUCCAUAUCUAGCUCAAGGAGCUGCACAGGCCGUGGAGGACGGCGCCGUACUGGGCACGCUUUUUGAGCAGGUUGAAAAUAGAUCCCAGCUUGGCGAUCUACUCGCCAUAUACGAAAGAGUGCGCAAGGCAAGAACCACUCGCGUGGUUCGAGGAAGCACGGCGCUGCGGGACAUCUUCCACAUGCACGAUGGCGAAAACCAACGGGAGCGCGACAGGGUUCUGCUGACCCAGGCGCCCUUCGAAGGCUUUCCCAACCGCUGGGCCGACCCCGUGUUCCAGAAGUUCUUGUUUGGAUAUGACGCUCGCGCCGAAGCCCAGCGGGCAUGGGAUGAGUACAAGCGAGGGAAUGCUCCUGAGUCCCGUAAGAAGUUUGAGUCGCGGCUGUGA